CAGAACUGGAAAUAAUCCUCCAGAAAAGUUACAAUGAUUCCUGUGCGACUGCACCAGGACUGCAAAGGGCUGGUCCUGCUGGGAGUACUCCUGGGGAUUCUGUGGGAAACUGGAUACACUCAAAUCCACUAUUCAGUUCUUGAGGAGCUGGAGAAAGGCUCGAGGGUGGGCAACAUUGCCAAGGAUCUGGGGCUGGAGGCCCAGGAACUGGAGGAGCGCGGAGUCCGCAUCUUUUCAGGAGGUAGGAUGCAACUUUUCGCUCUGAAUCUGCGAAGCGGCAGCUUGGUCACCGCGGGCAGGAUAGACCGGGAGGAGCUCUGUAUGGGGGCCAUAAAGUGUCAACUAAACCUGGAGAUUUUGAUGGAUAAAGUGAAAAUAUAUGGGGUGGUGGUAGAAGUGAAGGACAUCAAUGAUAAUGCCCCCUACUUCCAGGAAGAUGAAUUAGAAAUAAAAAUGAGUGAAAACGCAGCCGUUGGGAUGCAGUUCCCCCUUCCCCACGCUUGGGAUCCCGAUAUCGGGAAGAACUCUCUCCAGAGCUACGAGCUCAGUAGCAAUACUCACUUCUCUCUGGAGGUGCAAAGCGAAGCGGAUGGUAACAAGUACCCGGAGCUGGUGCUCGAGCGAGCCCUGGACCGCGAGGAAAAGGCGGUUCACCAACUGGUUCUCACGGCCUCCGACGGGGGCGAGCCAGUGCGCACUGGCACCGCGCGCAUCCGAGUGAAGGUCGUUGAUGCGAACGACAACGCACCAGCGUUUGCUCAGUCCGAGUACCGCGUCAGCGUUCCAGAGAAUGUGGCCGUGGGCACUACGCUGCUUCUGGUAAACGCCACCGACCCAGACGAAGGAGCCAAUGCGGAAGUGAUGUAUUCCUUCCGGUAUGUGGACAACAAGGCGGCCCAACUUUUCAAGCUAGACUGUAAUUUAGGGACAAUAUCAACAAUAGGGGAGCUGGACCACGAGGAAUCGGGAUUCUACGAGAUGGAAGUGCAAGCAAUGGAUAAUGCAGGAUACUCUGCACGAGCCAAAGUCUUGAUCACAGUUGUGGAUGUGAAUGACAAUGCUCCUGAAGUAGUUGUCACCUCUCUCUCCAGCUCCGUUCUGGAAAACUCUCCCAGAGGCACAUUAAUCGCCCUUUUAAAUGUAAAUGAUCAAGACUCUGGGGAAAAUGGACAUGUGAUCUGUUUCAUCCAAGGGAAUCUGCCCUUUAAAUUAGAAAAGUCUUAUGAGAAUUACUAUAGUUUAGUGACAGACACACUCUUGGACCGAGAACUGGUUCCUAGCUACAACAUCACAGUGACCGUCACUGACCGAGGAAGUCCGUCCUUGUCCACAGAAACUCACAUCUCACUGAAUGUGGCAGACAUCAACGACAACCCACCUGCCUUUUCUCAUUCCUCCUACACUGCCUAUAUCCCAGAGAACAACCCCAGAGGAGCCUCCAUUGUCUCCGUGACCGCCUACGACCCCGACUAUGGAAAGAACGCUCAGGUCACUUACUCCCUAGUUGAGGACACCCUCCAGGGAGCGCCCUUGUCUUCCUAUGUCUCCAUCAACUCAGACACGGGGGUGCUGUACGCAUUGCGUUCCUUCGACUAUGAGCAGUCGCGUGACCUGCAGUUGAGAGUGACUGCGCGUGACAGUGGGGACCCGCCGCUUAGCAACAACGUGUCACUAAGCAUAUUUGUGCUGGACCAGAACGACAACACGCCAGAGAUUCUGUACCCUGCCCUCCCCACUGAUGGUUCCACCGGCGUGGAGCUGGCACCCCGCUCUGCAGAGCCCGGUUACCUAGUGACCAAGGUGGUGGCAGUGGACAGAGACUCGGGCCAGAACGCCUGGCUGUCCUACCGCCUGCUCAAGGCCAGUGAGCCAGGGCUCUUCGCGGUGGGACUGCACACGGGCGAGGUGCGCACAGCGCGGGCCCUACUGGACAGAGACACCAUCAAGCAGAGCUUGGUGGUGGCUGUCCAGGACCACGGCCAGCCCCCUCUCUCGGCCACCAUCACACUCACUGUGGCCGUGGCCGACAGUAUCCCAGCCAUCCUAUCUGACUUAGGCAGCCUGGAGGUCCCGUACAACUCUGACGCCUCAAGCCUCACCCUGUACCUCGUGGUGGCGGUGGCUGCUGUUUCUUGCGUCUUCCUUGCCUUCGUCAUCGUGCUGCUGGCGCUCAGACUGAGGCAUUGGCACGCGUCACGUCUGUUCCAGGCUUCAGGAGGCGGAUUAGCUAGUGUGCCCGCCUCGCAGUUUGUGGGCGUGGACGGGGUGCGGGCGUUCCUGCAGACCUAUUCGCACGAGGUGUCCCUCACUGCGGACUCACGGAAGAGUCACCUGAUCUUCCCGCAGCCCAACUACGCAGACACGCUUAUCAGCCAAGAGAGCUGUGAGAAAAGCGAGCCUCUUUUGCAACCAGGUGAUUCGAUGUUUUCUAAAGAUAAUCAUGUAUGCAUUCAGGUGAGUCCAUAUCAAAUAUUCUUCUCUGGGCGUUGAGCAAAGUAUUUUUCUAUAGAUAAUUAGUAUAUAUUUGGAAUUUAUAAAACAGAUGCUAAUAAAUGCAUGUAUAUAUGGCAAACACCAAUGACAACCCAUUUGCCUUCCCUCGGCCCUUCCCUUACACCUUACUUGUUACAACUU